AUGUAUGAAGGAGUAGUUUCGAAUGCUGAGGUUUUCUCACUUCCAGAAGAGACAACUGCUAAAUUACGUGGUCAAGUAGCAGCGGAACAGGAGCGUUUACUAGUUUCCAAAGACUCUGAGAUUCAGAGACUACAUACCGAAAUAGACAAAUUAAGAUCGGAAAUCACGAAUGUCAAAAAGCGAAACACUCAGAUUGUUGAAGAGCAUGAUCAAACCUUGCAAAGUUUAACAGAUGCUCAGAAAACAAUCAAGUCCAAUGAAAUAAUUAUCGCUUGGUUGAAUCGCCAGAUUGCCGAGAACGAUUCAGAUUAUGUACAAAAUCGCUUGAAGCUUUCAGCGUUCCCAGUAAUAAGUGUGUCUUCUGGAGUAGUUGUUUCUCCUCCUACUAUUAAUUCACUUACAGUUGUCUCUUCUGGAAGUGAGAAAACCUCAGCAUUCGAAACUACUCCUUCAUACAUCCCAUUAAUGCAGAAUUCACAAGCUUCUCAUGUAGUCCCUUUAUUUGAUACACAUACAUCUGUCAUGGUGUCUUCAUCUUCAAAUAGCAACAUCUUGCAGUCAGGUGACAAAAGACUCAUAGAAGCACCAAACAGUUCGAAAAAUAAUUUAUAUGUGGAAAAUAUUUCUUCUACAAUGGAUAAUACGGUAAGAAUCAUUUUACUGUCAACUGAGAAGAGUAAUUACAUUAAUGUAUAUUUCUUCUCGUGA